AUGGCAUCGACACUACACAGAAACAACCAACCCCACACCCUCGCUUACAAGAGGAGGGACUUAUUUUCACCAAGACAACAACUAAAAACAAACAAAGAAAACCUAAGUAACCAGAAACCAAAGACCACCAGAGAGACCCAAGAACAAAGGCCCAGCCCAAACACCACCUCCCACAGCCAAAAUCAAGCGCAGCAGGCAACCAUUCCCGCCGCCAGUGAGCCCCGUCGCCACCACACCGCCGCCCCGCAACAAUACGCUGUUGCGCCGAAUCCCUUUGCUGCUUCACUGCCUUGUCACGCCGUAGCCAGCCCCUACACCAGGCAAACGGCCACAAAACGAUCCCAGACCAAAGCGGAGGCAGAUCCCAUUCGAGAUCAGCCUCGAUCUGAUCUGAAUCGCCACAGCAACAACCCACGAAGGAUCGAUGACGCCAGAAACCACCACUGGAAAGCCGAAGUCCGAUUUGAGAUUCCUAGCCAUCUGCCAGUAACAGUUGCUUGCCAUAAUACAGAGAGAUGUUGGAGUUCAAGCACUGAAAAUAGAACAUCUGCACCUUACCCAGAAUUUCCAAACUUAGUUGUAGUGUAUCCCCUGUUCCCUGAGGCCAUAGCUUUUGGUGAAGAUCUGAAAAGACAUGGCAUUGGUUGCCAUCAUCCAAAACUGUUUGUUUUACAGAGAGACGAUAAUAUUCGUGUUAUCAUUACCUCCGCAAAUUUAGUGCCAACACAGUGGAAUGCAGUAACCAAUACCAUCUGGUGGCAAGAUUUCCCUCGCAGAAGUGCUCCUGAUUAUUCAUCACUUUUUACUCAAUUUUCCAGCAGGGAAGUAAAUCAAGACUCAAAAUCAGAUUUUGCUUCUUAUUUGGCUGGAUUUAUAGCAACUCUACUGACUGACGUACCAAGUCAGGCCCAGUGGAUUGUUGAGUUGGCAAAGUAUGAUUUUGGAGGGGCAAUGGGACAUUUGGUUGCUUCUGUACCUGGAAUCCAUUCAUAUAAAACUCCCUAUAUAAUGGAAUCCAGACACUAUGCCUGUGCUGAACGUGGUCCAUCAGGGUCAUCUGGUAUGAAAUUCCUCGGAUCAGUUGAAGCAUCUGUGGUUGGUCUAAGCUACCUCUUUCACAAUGCAACAGAUGCAAAUGGUGCAAAGCUGAAGAAACUGGCUUCAUUUCUCAGGAAAUCUUGUGAAAAUGCGAAAGAUUUAUCAAUUAUCUUAACAAGAAACACAAACAUACCAGCAGAUGCAAAUGCAGUGAGCAUUAAUGUGUCAAAUGCUAUUGAGUUCUCUGAGGGAGAUCGUGUUCAACUUGGGUUUUUGCCUAGAAACAUUGCAAGAUGGGUCUCUCCACUCUGGGAUAUUGGAAUGUUUAGAUUCUCUGGUUAUGUCUGUCCUAAGGAAGCCCUUGGAGCAGCUUUAGGAGGAAACAACAAGAAAGUACGGCUGAUACUACAUGUGUUAGAGGGACCAAAAUUUCAAGAUAUAUCAAAGAUGAUGCAACCUCAACAUAUUAUUGCAUUAUGCUCUUUGGUUGCGGCAAUUGAAAGGUGUACAGGCCUCUGGCGCCUGCAGGAGGUUUUAGGUCAAUAUAAAUGGCCUGAAUCGCUUGACUCUGAGUUUGUUUAUGGUGCAUCUUCAAUUGGGUCAAUCAAUGCAAAAUUUUUAGCCGAAUUUUCAGCAGCUGCAGGAAAGAAAUCAUUUCAGUUUGAUUCUGAGGAGUCUGAUCCUGAGUGGGGAUGUUGGAAUGCUCGUCAUGAAUCAAAAGAUCCAUCCAUUAGAAUCAUUUUUCCAACCAUUGAAAGAGUGAAGAAUGCACGUUGUGGAAUCUUUCCUUCAAAGCGUGUUCUUUGCUUCUCUGAGAAAACAUGGCAAAGGCUGAGGACGAAGUAUCAUGAUGCAAUUCCUCAUCCCUGUGAUAGAGUAGGACAUCCAAUGCAUACCAAGGUGGCAAGAAGACGGUUCCAGUCUAGGACAGAUGCAUCUUCAUGUGGUUGGGUUUAUUGCGGGUCACAUAACUUCAGUGCAGCUGCCUGGGGACGUUCAAUUUCUAGUCCAUCUGGUUUAAAAACGAAUGGAAGAGGGAAUGACAAUUCUUCUCUGGAUCAGAUGCUUCAUAUUUGCAAUUAUGAACUCGGGAUCAUUUUCACCUUUCCCCAAACAGAGACAGACAAUAGUGCUUAUCAAAAGAGCACAAACUUGGAUGAUAUUGUUUUGCCAUUUGUGGUGCCUGCUCCAAAAUACAAGCGAGGAGACAGGCCAGCAACAAGGCUGGCUAUGUGGCAGGCACUAUCUGAACUUUCUGAAAAAGAGAGAGAAAAACAUAGACAGGAAGAGAUGGAGGCGGAAGCUAUGGAAGAGAUUCUAGAUGAAGAUGAAGUUGUUGAGGCAACGGAUUAUGUUGAUGAAGAGAAAGAAGAUGAGAAGGCUUACGCUGAGAUUUUUUGGAGCCAAUCAUCUCAGAGCUGUUGAAGUCCUGUCUGAAGUGAAAUGCUUGAUACUAUAAGAAGUGCAUCUCUCAGGAAGAUGUGUGCUAUGCAAGAAGUAGGUAGUGUUUCAGAACUCAUCAGAUCAUUAGCGUGGGACACUGCACUAGGAAUCUUCCCAGGAUUGGCUUGAGGUGAGAGAAUGGCCCAUUUUAGGUGGACAAUCGUCUAUGAGAUUUGCUUCUGUGAGUGAAUGGAAUCUCUUCAAAGAAUAAGGCAAGUGCUUAAUGUCUACCUCUACUUUGAAGUUGUCGGAUCAUUAUAGGCUAAAAUGAAAGAAUGUUCGGGCAGAGUGGUACUGUCAUUGCUCCUUUAGUCGUUUCACCUUUGAUUAAGAGCUGCUAGCCUGCCACGUAAGCAGGUCCUGGAAAGUCAGCCGAAAAUGGUCCUGCUUCUUGAAUUACUGAGAUCAAGAACUGAGUCGGCGAUGUGAGUGAUGGGUUAGACUUUCAACUCUCGCGUCUGUUUCUGAUCUUCUUCUUUUUAUUUAUUUUUAUAAGGGAUUAUUACUCUCUGUCCUAUCUGAUCCAAGAUAGGCUUGAUGUAUUUCUCUUUUUGAGCUCUUUUGGGAAUUGGAGGAGGACGAACACGGUAUUAAAACAAAUUGAUUGAGGCAAUGGAAGAGAGGCCUCUCCAUUUCCAUUGCUUCAGUCUCCCCAAGCUAAAACUCCCCCUCUGAGAGCCUUUGAAUCGUUUUGUUCGAUGAGUUGGUUCAGGAUAAAGCCGUCAAGAUAUUGAUCAAUCCAAUGGCUCUCAUGCAUGUUAUUGGAACUUCCUCUCAGGUAUGACAAAUCAGCAACUUAUUGAUCAUGGACACCAAAUGAUGGAUGAGACUGAUCAAGCGAUUGAUAGAACACAAAGGUUCUUCAUCAGACUAUCAACUGAGGACUAUGACUUUGAAUGCUUUUGGGGUUUUCUGCAGUAUAUGCAGGUUUUAAGUUCUGAUUUUUAGUGAAGAUACUACUAAGCUUCCUCUGCCAUAUCUUAAAGUCGGAUAUCUUACUGUACGACCAGUACGGAAACCAAUUGCAUGUCAUAGUGAUUGGCUAUGAUCACAAUUUAUUUUGAACAAUGAAGGGCUUCAACAGCAGGUCACCAAAGGUGACGAAAAGCAAGCAGAAGAUCAGGAGAUACAGUUAUGAAAGUUAAUAUUCCAGAUAUAUGUUUUGUUGCAGUUUGGCACCAGAUAUGAGAUCAAUGAAAUUUUUGGGAUACCAAAGUUCUUAGUUUAUGGACCCAAAGCAGGGACAAAGAAGAAUGAAAAUCCUGAAAGGCUUGCAUUGAGGUUAUUUGGAAGCCUAAAAAAUCCCAGAGUGGUGAGUUUCUGCAACUAUAUUUGUUCUUUGUGGUAAUUUGCAUACAGUAGCUAAGUUUGCUAACUAAUUUUGGUGAGUUAUGUUAUUGCUAUCAAAGUUUUGCUAGAUUUUUUGUGCAUGAUAUAGGAAAAACAUAAAGAAAAUAUGAGUUGAUAUUGAAAAGGACCUUGAAAGCAUCUGUAUGCUGACUCUCAAUCCAAACACUACGACCUCAGUUAUUAUCCAGGUGCGGUGGUCUUAUAUAAUGCAAAAAUAAUUUAUUCCUUUGAAUCUUGAACAUUGUGAUUUCCACUUGAAGUGACUGUAACUGAGUACUUAUAGUGAAAAGUCCUUUUCCUUAACACACAUGUUUUGUUUAUCUAAAUUAGUCCAUUCUUUUGAAAAUCAUUUUUAAAGAUUGUUACUUUGAUGGGGCUACUGAUAGUAAAUAUGUUGUGAAUAUGGACAUUGGACUAUGUUACUUAGAAGGUAAGAGUUGCCAAGAAGUGGAACUCUGUUUUGGUUUUAAGCCUUGGCAUGGAAAUGCUUCUGCCAAUUCAAAGUUAUGUAUUAAAGACAAAUAAGCAAGAUACUACUGUACUUUCUCCAACCCAUAAGAUUAUUGAUUCUGCAUUAGAAUAUUAUGCGUUUUGAAAAAGGAAAUGAUGAAGGAAAGCCCAUAUUACACUGAUGGGGUUCACUCCUCUCUUAGAGCGUGGUGAUUCUUCAUAUAUUUUUGAACCUGAUCAGUCUGAUCUUUCCCAAGAUGAGGAAGAAAACUUGAGCAAAACCCUAUUGCCACCAUACAUCUUUCCAAAGCUUGAAGAUGUUGUUUAUACAGACCCUCCUGCAAAUUCAUAUAAUUUCGGGUUCCCAGUGGAAGAUCAUGCCUUUUGGUCCUGGUCUGACUAGGAUUUCUUUGGUAUAUACAAUUCCUGCGUUAUAGUGUUCUUAUUUGAUAGUAUGGCAUAUAAGUGAGAAUAAGUAAUGAAUCCAAGCAGCAUCAAUGGCACCCCGAUCCAGAUGUGGUGGUGGGUUUAGGUUUCAGUUGAAAGAGAAAAAUGGCCGUGCUUGCCCCAUUUGUAAUCUUAUCAAGGAAUUGCGGUUCUGUAGUGUUUCAUCGCUUCAUGUACCAUUUUUGUAUGAAAUGUAAUUAAAUAAAAGUUCUCAUGUAAGUUAAGCUUGAUGGAAAUGCCAUUUCAUUUCAGCUCCA